GCAGUAGUUCGACUGUGGACGACCAACAUGGCCAGUGAAGAGAUCGAAGCCUCCAGGUUUUUGAAGGAUAAAGAAGCCGCCAUAAGUGUAUCUGAUGAUGAGAAGAGACUGAAUUCUUCGGAUACCACAUGUGGUUUCUCAAUUUUCAGGGGCCCCGCCUUACAAAGAUUUGCGACUGCUCACAUGUUCGUGAUUGUGUACGGGAUAGCUAGUUGCUUUCUGGCCAUGUCCUUUACCUAUUUCACUGGAACCAUCACGACGAUGGAGAAGCGCUUUAAUAUACCCACCAAGAUAUCGGGUCUCAUUACGGUGGGCAAUGAUAUAAGCACUGUCUUCACGUCCGCCUUUCUGAGUUACUACGCUAGUCGAGGACAUCGUCCUCGCUGGGUUGCAUUGGGCCUCAUCAUUAUUGCCAUUUUCUGCCUGCUGAUGUUGACCCCUCACUUUUUCUACGGACCCGGCGAAGAAGCUCUGCGACUGACAGAAGAAUACGGAAUGUCCGAAUCCUUUGAUGCUUCUCUAAAUAUCACCGAAAAUAACGACUCACUGUGCCAUGAAAAAAACUCGAAUUGUGUAGAAGGAGCUGGGGACUACACGCCCAUAGUGCUGUUCUUCAUUGCCCAGAUAAUAGGUGGAAUCGGAUGUUCCCUCUUUUAUGCGCCAGGUCUCUCCUACAUGGAUGAUAACUCGGCGAGUUCCAAGACACCAGCUAUGCUAAGCUGGAGCUCCUUUCUGCGUAUGCUGGGUCCUGCUAUGGGCUUCUCCAUGGUAUCCUUGUGCCUCCGGCUGUAUAUCGAUCCCUUCAAGAAGCCUCUGAUUACCACAAACGAUCCGCGCUGGAUGGGCGCUUGGUGGAUAGGUUGGAUUCUCCUCGCAUUCAUCCUGAUUAUCUCAGCAGUGUUCGUGGGCAUGUUCCCCAAAGAAAUGCCAAGGGCCAAGGCCAGACGCUUGAAAGCAGAUGGCGAGGAGGAUAUUCCGCUGGCGGAGCGCUCCUUUCAGGACAUGCUGGACUCGCUGAAGCGACUGACCUCAAACAAGGUGUAUGUCUAUAACAUGCUGGCCUCGAUUCUGUACUUCUUUGGCUACAUGCCGUACUGGAUAUUCACGCCGAAAUACAUUGAGAUCCAGUACAGGCAAUCGGCAUCAACUUCCACAUUGGCCACAGGAACCUGGGCGUUGGGAUUCUCGGCCGCAGGAAUUUUGAUCUCUGGAUAUGUGAUCUCCAAGUAUAAACCAAGUGCCCGGGCAAUGGCGGCCUGGAACUUCGUGGUGGAUUACUUGACAGUAGCCGGAAUGCUGUGUUAUGUACUGGUGGGCUGCGACGAGAGUGAUCGGGCCAAUUCCCUGUCCAUCGUGCCCACCGAUGACAGCUGCAGUGCCUCAUGUGACUGCGAGUAUGUGUACUACGCUCCGGUUUGCAGUCCGGAAAAUAUUACCUUCAUAUCUGCCUGCCACGCGGGAUGCACCGAUAAGGCCAUAAAUGAGCUGGGAAAGACUAUAUACACAGGUUGUCGUUGCAUGGGCAACCUUUCAAGCAUAAUCUCACUGUCCAAUGUGACGUCUCUAGCAUCCCAGUCCCAGAUCGCCAUGGAUGGAGCCUGUCCGGUGGACUGCGGCAAACAGUUCCUUAUUUUCCUGGCCGUCAUGUGCUUCCUAAAGUUCGUGGGCGCCACUGGUAGAUCGAGUAAUCUGCUAUUAGCCCUGAGAUGUGUUCCCUCGAGGGACAAGACCUUCUCCUUGGGCUUUAGCAGCAUGGUGUACGCCGUGCUGACCUUUAUUCCUAGUCCGAUUGUGUUUGGUUGGAUGCUAGACAGCUAUUGCCUUGUAUGGGGAAAGACCUGCAGCUCCAAGGGCAACUGCUGGAUAUACGACACGAAGUCUCUGAGAUACACCAUGAACCUCGUGUGCGCCUCUCUGAUUUUCCUGGGCAGCUUCUGGAACAUUGGGGUCUGGUAUCAUGCGAAGGACAUGAAAGUCUUCGAUGAAGACGAAGAAACGGUGCGGGCCAAGCAGAUUGAAGAAAUGGAGCUGAAGGAAAAGCCAACUUACGUUGUUACUAAAAAGAAAUAAAAGCUUUCAUAAAAAUGUA